ACACACCCUUGGUGUUGGUGUUUGUGGUUGUGACACACAAGGUCACGUGGGGUCAGGGAAGAGGCUGACCUCAUGUAAACUCAGCAUUAAACAAACCCCUCCAGCGUGUCUGAUGUCACAGUGAUGAUGAACUGGCUCCAGACGAGGUUGUGAUGCUGAAAUACUCCUACAGAGGGAAGAGGUCACAAACAGGGUCUGGACUGAUGGUCCUAAAUAUGUAUCUGUUUUAUGGUUGGCUAAAGAUGUUAGUGAUAUGUCAGUUUGCAUUUAGUGCAUUAUCAUGAAAUAUGGCUGAAUCAAGCUCUUAAAAUUAGAUUAGUAAGUUUUAUGAGUCAGAUCCGUUGGGAGGGGUUCGCUCCUGAAGGUAAAUUCUAACUAAAUCGUCUUAAAUGUUUUUUUGCAAAUCAGCAUAUUUCAGUAUACCAUUGUAGAUGUUUCACCAGUGCCUAAUUAUGUUUCAGAGAGCUAUUAAAAGCAUGAAAUAGACUUUGCACCUAUUUUUCCUCAUUUCCCCACAUGGCAUUUAUAGCUCCACUAAUUGGCUUAAAAAGUUAGGAAGCUGUGAACAUAGACUGUGUAUUUGGUAGAAAAAAGCUGAGAAAUAUCACUUGUUCACAUUUGGAUAAAAUGCAGGGUUUUUCAUUGAUAUCAAUAUGAAUAUUGAUAUUAUUGGACAAUAAUAAAUGCUUUUGAUGCUCUUAUCUUGCGUUCUGGUCACAAAAUGGUUUGCCUUCUCUCGGCAUUCAUAAAUUAGAUUAAGAUGUUGAAUGGAUUAAAGGUCACUCCACCCAAGUACAAAAGACAAGCGUUAGGCAAUAAGCUCUUUGUAUUUGCCCAAACACCUCUGUGACCGUGUGGACGGAUCGAUGAUGUGAUCUCGUUUGAAGAUCAGCUGUUACUGAUCACGACUUUCAGCAUAAGCACCCCUAAAUAACCCUUUGUUAGCACUAAGCCAAAGCCAGAGAUUGAGUUUCCGCAGCCCCACUGCCUUUGUGCUGGCGUGGUCUCCAGAAAUGCUGAGAGCCAGAAAACUUGAUCUCAACACCAGUGCCCUUUCUCGGGCGAGCUGUUUAAAAAUAACCUCGAUGGAAGCAGGGGCGGAAAAGCCUGGGAUCAGGUACAGCGGAUGGGUUUUUGGGCGGAUAGCAAAGAAGAGCCGCGGACACGCUGAUGGAUGGCAAAGCGAGGCUGACUCGUCUUUAUGGACGUUCUCCGUUAGCGAGGGCUCUGAUUCUGAAUUAUCACCCGGGGCGAGCUGAGCGUGGACGGAUGUCGCCCGGCCGGACCGCGAGGGGGAAGAGGGAGGACACGCUCACCUGGAUACCUGGCUGGGUGAAGGCGCUGAAGCCUGUCAUCAGUCAGGAGCUUCCUCAGACUCUGGGCAGCAGGAGACUCAUCAGCUUCUCUCUGUCAGACAUUCAGGCAGUGGGUCUGAAGAAGGGAAUGUUUUUUAAUCCCGACCCGUAUCUGAAGAUCUCCAUCCAGCCUGGAAAGCACAGCAUCUUCCCUGCGCUGCCUCACCACGGUCAGGAGAAACGCUCGGGCAUCAUCUGCAACACGGUCAGCCCCGUCUGGAAGAGAGAGCGAUUUAACUUUGUGUCCCUGCCAACGGACGUUUUGGAGAUAGAGGUUAAAGAUAAAUUUGCCAAGAGCAGACCCAUCAUCAAACGCUUCCUGGGAAAGUUAGUUGUGCCUGUACAGAGACUGCUGGAGAAACAUGCUAUCGGGGACCGUGUGGUGAAUUACACUUUAGGCCGACGGCUUCCAACCGAUCAUGUCAGCGGCCAGCUGCAGUUUCGUUUUGAGAUAACCUCAUCGAUUCAUCCAGAUGAUGAGGAGGUGUCCCUCAAUGCAAUGCCAGUCUUUGAUAUGACAGCUGACGAGCAGCUUGAGCAGGAGCUCAACGAGGACCUACCACCUGCUUCUGAUCUGCCUAUGGAAGACGCAUUGAGUUUGGGACCUGACAUGCUGGAGCCGCCUGCCGAAAGUCCUCCAGAGGUCGAGACCCAGGAUGCCGUACUGCUUACCUCUCUAGCUGAGCCCAGUAAGGAUACUCAACCAGAAGCAGAAGGAUCCGCUGAUGAGCUUCUAACAGCUCGAGGAGAGACACUAUUGAGUGAUGCCACUCAAGGAGAAACUGCGGAGCAAGACCCUGGAAAAACAGAGUCCGAGGAGAUGCAGGAGGAAACUGUGUCUGAGACUCUUUUAGAGGUACUGGAAAACCAUGAGGCUGAAGACACAGGUGAACCAACUGGAAUAGAACCUACUGGAGAGCAUGCAGAGGUUGAAGGAGGCACAAACUCAGAGCAGGUUGACAUGAGGGUGGAAAGAGAUGAGAAUGAGGAAGAACCCUGUUCGCCAAGGAUGCGAAGUGCCUUGAAGCGCAAGAGCCGUCCCUGUUCACUUCCCGUGUCCGAGUUAGAGACAGUUAUCACCUCGGCCUGUGAGGAACCAGAGACGCCACGUUCUCACUACAUCCGCAUUCAUCACCUACUGCACAGCUUGCCAUCAGCUCAGUGCCACAAUGACAGCCAAGAUGAAGACGAGGUACUUGACCCAGAAUCUUCAGAGGAAGUCACUGUGAAACCCCAAGAGGAAAAAGAGGAAGAAGAUGAGGUAUCAGAAGCCCAGUCUCCAUCCAUCGUGCCCGAGUGUCCUAGACCUUGUUGCAGGCGUACUCUACCACGUAGCCUUUCCAUCGAGCGCCUGUCUGAACUCAACCAACUUUUGGAAGGCGAAAGGCCCUCACCUUCCACCCUCCGACUGGAAAGCGAACACAUGGAAGUGGGUGGUGGAGUCGGAAGCAGAAGAGAACCUCGAGAGAGUGAGUGCGAACUGUGUGACAACUCCUGCUACAGCACUUCCUGUUACAGCACGUCCUGUUACAGCACUUCCUGUUACAGUAACUCAGGUUACGAGGGGCGUAACCACCUUUGCAGCCAUACGCGCCUGUCUUCGGUUGACAGCACCCGUCUGUCGGAGAGCACCGUUUUCUCCUCACAGGAGGAAGAGGAGGAGGAGAACAGUGCUUUUGAGUCGGUCUCAGACUCGAUGCAGAGUCCAGAUAUAAGGGAGCCAGGAGACAGGUCGGUUCAUUGGAGGGAGUCGUCGUCAGAAGAAAGUCCCCAGAGAGAAGGGGAGGUGGAGAUGUCACCAGUACCUGGGCCUAGUUUUAGGUCAUCAGGCAGUUGUCAUAUGCAAUGCCGUCAUCAUGCAAUCACUCAGCUUCCUGCUUUGCGGCCUGAUCCCCAUCAUUACCCAAGUGUUGAUGAACCAUUACCAUCAAACUGGGAGGCCAGGAUAGACAGUCAUGGGCGUGUUUUCUACGUGGACCAUGUGAACCGCACCACCACGUGGCAGAGGCCCAGCCAUGCAGCCAAAUGCAGCAGCAUCCGGAGAUCCGGCUCCACUCACCAGAUGGAGCAGCUCAACAGGAGGUAUCAGAACAUCCAGAGGACGAUGGCCACAGAAGAUGAACCGGCUGCUCGUGUACCUGACAGAAACAGCGCUGGAGACACGGAGAGUGAAGCCACUCCACAAGCUGCAGAUCAGCGAAGGGAAGGUCCCUCGUCUCCUGUGAAUAAUCAGAGCGUCACACUUCUGCUCCAGUCUCCAGCCGUGAAGUUUGUGACCCACCCAGAAUUCUUCACCGUCCUCCAUGCUAACUACGGUGCGUAUCGGAUAUUUACUAACAGCACCUGCCUGAAGCACAUGAUUCUGAAAAUACGACGAGAUGCGCGUAACUUUGAGCGAUAUCAACACAACCGCGACUUCGUCACUUUCCUCAACAAAUUCGCCGAUACUCAGCUGGAGCUGCCGAGAGGCUGGGAGAUCAAGACCGACCCGCAGGGCAAGUCAUUCUUUGUGGACCACAACAGUCGUGCAACGACCUUCAUCGACCCCAGGAUUCCCCUUCAGAACGGACGUCUGCCGAAUCACCUCACACACAGACAACACUUACAGAGACUGCGCAGCUACAGCGCUGGAGAGGCAUCAGAAGUGUCCCGAAUCAGAGGAGGGUCUCUGGUCAGCAGACCUGGAAACGGUUUAAUAUCAGCUGUCAGGAAUCAAUACCAGACCGAUUCAGUGCCUCUAGCUUACAAUGAUAAAAUUGUGGCUUUCCUGCGGCAACCGAACAUACUGGAGCUGCUGCAGGACCGACAGCCGAGCCUCGCCAGGAAUCACACACUCAGGGAGAAAAUCCAUUACAUCAGAACUGAAGGUCCUCAGGGCGUUGAAAAGCUGUCCUGUGACGCCGACCUGGUCAUGCUGUUAAGUCUAUUUGAUGAGGAGAUCAUGUCAUAUAUUCCAUCUCACUCUUUCCACCCCGGCCUCAGCUUCUCUCCACGCUGCUCUCCUGGAUCCUCACCUCAGAGUUCACCGGGCUUGCAGAGGGCCAGAGCGCCCGCUCCGUACCGCAGAGACUUUGAGGCAAAGCUUCGCAAUUUUUACAGGAAGCUGGAGGCCAAAGGCUACGGCCAGGGACCAGGAAAAAUCAAGCUCAUCAUCAGAAGGGAACAUCUACUGGAGGGCACCUUUAAUCAAGUAAUGGCAUACUCACGCAAAGAGCUCCAGAGAAACAAGCUCUUCAUCGCCUUUGUAGGAGAGGAAGGUUUGGAUUACAGCGGCCCAUCGCGGGAGUUCUUCUUCCUGUUGUCUCAGGAGCUGUUUAACCCCUACUACGGUCUGUUUGAGUACUCAGCCAAUGACACGUAUACAGUGCAGAUCAGCCCCAUGUCUGCAUUUGUAGAGAACCAUUUGGAAUGGUUCCGCUUCAGUGGCCGUAUUUUGGGUCUGGCUCUGAUCCACCAGUAUCUGUUGGAUGCUUUCUUCACUCGACCGUUCUACAAGGCCCUGCUCAGACUAGUGACAGAUCUGAGUGAUUUGGAAUACCUGGAUGAGGAGUUCCACCAGAGCUUACAGUGGAUGAAGGACAACGAUAUCACAGAUAUCCUGGAUCUGACGUUUACAGUCAACGAGGAGGUCUUCGGACAGGUGAUAGAGAGGGAACUGAAGUCAGGAGGCUCCAAUAUCCAAGUGACGGAGAAGAACAAGAAGGAAUACAUUGAGCGCAUGGCUAGAUGGAGGGUGGAGAGGGGGGUUAUGCAGCAGACCGAGGCCCUUGUAAGAGGUUUCUAUGAGGUUGUAGACUCCCGCCUGGUUUCAGUGUUCGAUGCUCGUGAGCUGGAGUUGGUCAUUGCAGGGACGGCCGAGAUUGAUUUGAAUGACUGGAGAUCCAACACAGAAUAUAGAGGAGGUUACCAUGAUGGGCACGUCGUGAUUCGUUGUUUCUGGGAUGCGGUGGAGCGCUUCAAUAAUGAACAGAGGUUGCGCCUGCUGCAGUUCGUGACGGGAACGUCCAGUGUCCCCUACGAGGGUUUCGCAGCGCUCCGUGGGAGCAACGGCCUGCGACGCUUCUGCAUUGAAAAGUGGGGAAAGAUUACCUCUCUACCAAGGGCACACACAUGCUUCAACCGUCUGGAUCUGCCUCCCUAUCCGUCGUACCCUGUGCUGUAUGAGAAACUUCUCACCGCUGUGGAGGAGACCAGCACCUUUGGUCUGGAGUGAAGAAGUGAGACUUGAUUGAGACUUGAUUUUAUUUAAUUUUUUUUACUGUGAAAACAUUUUCAAUAACUCAAUCCACGAGAGAGUUUUUAAAGAUUUUUAAACUUCAUCUGAGAAUUUUGUUUCAAAUAACUUGAAAUAGCAUGUUUCUGCACUAAAAUAUAAGAUAUAUAUAGUACUUUGUGGGAGUGUGGGGUCAGAGGCAUCAUGUAUGCAAUAGUGAAAACCUUGCUGCGUCCUACUCAUGUUUGUCCUUGGCAUCAUCCUAUUGGUUAGGCAUCAGCACAUCUCCUAAUUGAUUGGAUAUUCCCUUAAAACGUGAUAAAGUGUAAUUUUCA